AAUAGACCCGCGCCAUCUAUUCAAUUUGAAAUUUAAAAAAUAAAAUUUUAUAAAAUUUUUACACACAAUUUAAUUUAAAGUAACAUUUUUUUCUUCGUUAUUUUUUUAUAAUACAAAAAAGAAGAAAAAAUAAUUAAAAAAAUUAAAUUAUAGUAUAGUAGCUCCAACAAAAAGAUUAAAAAAAAUUUAAAUAAAGUUGGCAAAGAUGCAAGAAAAUAUGAUAUUAUAAUAAAAUAAUAAAUGUACAUAUAAACAUAAGUGAAAAUAGGAAAGUUAGAAAACGGGAAAAAAAGAAGGCAAUAUGGAAAGAUUAUUUAAAGGAAAAGUGUGACAAAAAAGUGUCCUCAUAUUGACGUUUGUUUCUCUAUUUAAAGACAAAAGAAAAACAAAAGAAAAAAUAAGAAAGUGCUUAAAAUUUUCAUUAUACAUUCUUAAUGUUAUAAUAUUGUUCAUAAAUUGAUGUUAUAAGUAAAAAGAAAAGAAAGAAGUGAAAGUAAAUAUGGCUUGCUGUGGAACAAUUACAACAAUAAGGGCCCCUAUAGACAUGGCUCAACAGAGUGACAUAUUGAAGGGGCCCGAGCAGAUACAUGUUUCGAAAUUUUACAAAGAGUCAACAAAAGGGAAAUUUGUGAGUUACAUCAAUGAAAAUGCAAGAACCUUAUACCAAACAUUUAGAAUUGGCGCAUACGAUUCAAAUAAUGGACCAUGUUUAGGAUGGCGGGAUAAUUUAAACGCUCCUUAUCAGUGGAUGCACUAUGAUGAAACAUUAUUAAAAGCAAAAAAUUUUGGUGCUGGUAUGGUGUCACUUGGCGUUAAAAUACGUCAAUUGGUUGGUAUUUAUUCGCAAAAUCGUCCUGAAUGGAUUUUAUUCGAACAGGGAUGUUAUUGUUAUUCGUUAGUUGUAGUUCCUUUAUACGAUACCCUAGGACCAGAAGCAUGUGGUUUUAUUAUCAGACAAACUGAAAUAACAUUAGUUGUAGUUGAGGAUGACAAUAAAGCCAAUAUGCUAUUAGAUAAAGCACCCCCAUCUCUGAAAACUUUAGUUAAUAUUAAGCCUCUUAAAAAGGAGACAAUAGAAAAGGCUCAGAGUCGGGGUGUUAAUAUUUAUACAUUUGAUGAAGUAGAAAAAUUAGGUGCAAAAUAUAACCCGCCUGAAGUGCCUCCACAACCAGAAGAUCUUUGUACAAUAUGUUAUACUUCUGGAACAACCGGUAAUCCCAAAGGGGUCAUGUUAACCCAUGCAAAUGUUGUCGCUGGUGUAUGCGCUGUAAUUUUACAGUUAGGAGAACAUAAAAUUAGAGCCGGCGACAUAAUGGUAUCAUUUUUACCUUUAGCACAUAUGUUUGAGAGAUGUUGUGAAAAUGGAAUGUACUAUGUUGGUGGGGCCGUUGGAUUUUAUUCUGGAGAUAUAAGACAACUAACAAAUGAUUUCAAAGCUUUGAAACCAACUGUUAUGCCAGCCGUUCCAAGAUUAUUAAAUAGAGUUUAUGACAAAAUUCAAACAGAUCUUGCCAAUUCUCCAGUUAAAAGAACCUUAUUUAGAAUGGCUCUCAGUUCUAAAGAAGCUGAGAUAAAACGAGGAAUAAUAAGACGAAAUGGUUUUUGGGAUAAAUUAGUAUUUAAAAAAGUUCAUGAAGCCUUUGGGGGAAAUUUAAGAUUGAUGGUUGUGGCGUCAGCACCCUUAGCAGGUAAUGUUUUGACUUUUAUGCGUUGUGCUUUGGGUUGCUUGGUUGUUGAAGGCUAUGGUCAAACUGAAUGUACCGGAGCUAUUUCACUUACAGUGCAAGGUGAUUAUGUUCCCGAUCACGUUGGACCACCAGUAUCAUGUAACGCAGUAAAGUUGGUUGAUGUUCCAGAAAUGGAAUAUUAUGCAAGUCAAAAUACUGGUGAAGUAUGUGUUCGUGGUUCUAAUGUAUUCCAUGGCUAUUAUAAAGAUCCGGAAAAAACUAAUGAAGCUAUUGAUGAAGAUGGAUGGCAUCAUACUGGUGAUAUAGGUAAAUGGUUACCUAAUGGAGCAUUAAAAAUAAUUGAUAGAAGGAAACAUAUAUUUAAAUUGAGUCAAGGCGAAUAUAUUGUUCCAGAAAAAAUUGAAAAUAUUUAUAUAAGGAGCCAGUAUGUAAAUCAAAUAUUUGUGUAUGGAGAAAGUCUGAAGAGCUGUAUUGUAGCAGUAGUUGUUCCUGAUGUAGAAAAUCUCAAAUUUUGGGCAAAAGAAAAUAACAUUCAUGGAACACUAUCAAUUUUGUGUAAUAACAGUAAAGUGAAAAAAUUAAUUAUGCAUAAUAUGUUGGAAACGGGUAAAAAAUCUGGACUAAAAUCAUUCGAACAGGUUAAAGAUAUAUACCUGCAUCCAGAUCCAUUUUCAGUACAAAAUGGCUUAUUAACACCAACAUUUAAAACUAAACGACCGCAACUGAAGAGUUACUUUAAACCGCAACUGGAUGACAUGUAUAAACAUCUAGACUAAUUUAAUGCAAAUAAUUAAUGAUAAAUUUAUAAAUAAAUUCAAAUAUCAUUAUAAAAUAAGUACAUAAUUAAUAAUAUGUAAUGAAAUUGAGAAAGAAAAAUUUAAUUGAAAACUAAGAUGAUACAGAAAAAAAAAAACACGAAAUUUAAUAAAAAAAGAAAAGUUAAAAACAAUUCUUAGAUAUUAAUUAUAAAAUUUGAAAAAUUCAAAGUUAAAUUAUUUAAUUUAUAAUUUAUUUUAAUUCAAUUUUAUAAAAUUUAAAUAUUAUUAUAAAAUCAUUAUAAUAAAUUACAUUCAAAAUUUUGUAGUUUUUAAAAAAAUACUACAAUGAAAUGGUAGUAUAAGUAGAAAAAUUAGUUUAAACAUUUUAUGAUUGGGAAAAAAGAUAUUAUUCAUAUUAACUUCCAAAUAAUAAUGUAAAAAAAAAAACAUUUUAAUAAAGGAAGAUUAAAUUAUUUUAUAAUCGUUUCUAGAAGAGUAGGAAAUUUUUAAACCAAUAAAAUCAUAGAUUUGUUUAAAAAGAUUAUUAUAAUUUUAUUUCUUGCUUAAUUUUUUUCUAUUUGAUCAUCAAAAAAAUUUAACUUCAAUUAGUUUGUUUUAUCUAAUUUUAUUUUAAUUCUUUUUUUAUUUUUAUAUAAAAUUAAUGUGCACUUUCAAAUCAGUAUGUAAAACAAAAGCAUUAAUAUAAAAAAUCAAGAUGAAAUAAAAUUAAAAAUCCAAAUUCUUA